CGCGAGGGAGGCUUUGGCGCUUUUCGCUCGUCGGCGUCGGGCGCCAUGGCGGCGGCGGCGACUGAGGUGAGUCCAGUGUAGGUUUGGCUGGCGCCUGGAAACUGCCUCCAGUCAGCGGCUGGCGGUGCGAGGGGAAGACGGAGGACAUUUGCCUUGGCGGCUGUCGGCGGCCCCGCGGGAACCACCUAAGGGAUCAAGAACUACAACUCCCAGCAUACAUUGCGGCUAACCUCGGGUGUCCUGGGGGCCCCUCAGUGUCUUUGGAAUACUGUAUGGUCCUCGGAGGGGGAAUGCAGUGCUACCGUUUCAGACUUGUGUAUAUGUGCUUUUAAUUUGUUUUGUUUUGUUAUUCAUUCAUUGCCUUAAUAUCCCACAUUUUCAUCCAUGGUCCUACCCCCACCUCGUUUAAUUCCCCUCAACAACCCUGUGAGGUAGGUUAGGCUGAGAGGUAGUGACUGGCCCACGGUCACCCAGUGAGCUCUCUCCCAUGCCUGCCUUGUAUAACUUUGAUCCUUCCACUACUGUGCAACUUACAUGCGUGGGAACUUCUACUGUGCAGUCUGUAAAGCGUGCUGAGUUUGAUAAAUGUUCCAUGCAGCAGUUUCUGGUUUUGAUUUUUAAAUGAGAAGCAUGUCACUGUUGUGUUAAUCAUGCCAGACUCACUCUCUGGGCAAUCUUGCCAUGCAGACAUUAGACAAUGGAACCCUGAAGAACUCUGCUUCUAAGGGCCCAAUGUCAUUUUCUUUGCAGUUGGGAGGUGAAUGGUGCUGGAGUUGGCUUCUAUUUUAAAAAUCCAUUAUCAAAACAUUUACAUGUGUUUGUCUCUUUUGUCAUACUUACAAAUGUAUGUGGCUUACAGAUUCUGUUGGAUGUCGAGGAUCUGAAAUCUCAGGAAGCGUCUGACAGUGAUUCAGACAGCGGACAGGGAAGCUGUGAAAUGACCUCUCCAGCACAGAUAAACAAAGGAGUUGCAUCUGUUGAUGAUGAAGGUCAGUAAUUUACUGUCUUUAAAAACAAAAGGGCAUUACAGAGGUCAUUGCAUUAUUUCAAAGAAAUGUCCUAUACAACAGUAAAUAUAUCUAACAUAUAUAGGUGUGACACAUAUAUAAUUUACCCAACAUCAUGCACGCAGUAAGUUAAUCCAUUUUUCAUAGGAGCCCCUCCAUGCAUAUCUGACACCUCCCUGCCUACCCCUCUCUCCCACAAAGUUUUGAAAGCCAUUUUGAUAUUGGGACUGCUUUCCUGAAACUGAUUUUAAAAAAUAAAAAAAAUUCUUAGUAUUUUCUAAAGUGGCAAACAAUAGAACUGAACAUUAAAGCCAAAACAUAACAAGGCUUGCUGAAGCCGAUUUAAGAAGGAAAUAACUACAUGCACACACCUGGUCCUUACACUCCUAUAAGCUGUAGUAGUUUGUGGAAUGCUACCAUAGCAGGGGGGAAAUAGAGCCUACAGGAGCUAAAUUGCACAAUAAAGUUCAAUUAAAUUACAUUGAAUUCAGCGUCGCCUAUCUUUAACUGCAGUAUGUAACUGAAUCUGCAAUAUUUCAAGUGAGGAAAAGAGGGUAAGAAAUAAGUUUAACUGCUUUUAAAAUAUGUGUGUGUUUAAAAAAGGGGUGCAUGCCAUAAAUAUGUGAAACUUACAUUUUUGACAGAUUCUGAUGAAGAGAUAUAUGUGAGUAAGAGAGUAAAAUGUAAGAAGAUCCUCCCAGACAGUGACAGUGAAAGAGAAGACCUGGCUCCUGAGAAAUCGGAGGCUGCAACUGGGGAUAUGGAAAGCAUGAAGGAAAAUGGUGAUACAUUUGCUACUAAGGAGAAGAAAUCCAACCUAAUCUGCAAGGCUCUGCAAGACAGUGAUGAUGAUGAAGUGGACAACUUGUUCCAUAAUAAGAACCUUGGAAUGUAUCCAGAGCUUGGCUUGCCUGAACAUAAGUUGGAGAACUCUGGGAAAAAGCACAAGAACCACAGAAUUCAUUGUAUGAAGGAAAUUAUUGAAAAAGAAAAGGGUGCCCCAAGGAAAAGGAGGAAGGAGAAAGAGAAAAAAAUGAAAGCUAUUAGAGAUCUCAUAAAGAAAGGAGAGGCAGAAGAAGGGAAGGUAUGAUGGGAAUGAGAAGAACAUUUUAAGGGAUUGGGCUUUGAUGGAAUAAUUGUGUGCACCCAAGGUAAAGCCCAGUCUAAUGCCAAGUGAUGUAUUUACAUUUUGUGAUUCAUGCCUCAUGUUGCAUUGACUGGCAUGUACACAAGUGUCUCACAAGCUGCAUUGUUAAACUGAAAUGUCAGCUAUAGCAUUAUGGUAUGGUAGUCCAACUUGCUGCUACAACAGGAGAGAAUAAGGCACAGUCUAGAUAAGUAGCUCACCAUGCAACUGUUCUUGUUUUCAUGUCACUUUAGAGGACAGAUGGCCAUUGCAUAAUUGAAUGUUCCCCUCUGUUCUAAAAAAAUCUUAUAUCAUGCACAGCACCACUUUUAUAUAGAAAAUGUGAUGGGUAGGAGUAAUCUAAUGUAGGCUUCUUUUGAUGUGCAGAUUUUCCAUGUAUAAACAUUGAUUGAAUGCUUACCCACAACAUAUAAUCCUUUGCUCAGUGUGAAGCAGUACAGGCCAGAGACAGUUUUAUUGCAUGUUAAGUUGUUUGUCUAAACUGGGUCAGGGUUUGAAUGCAAAUAGGAUGGGAAGCAUGUGGGGGCUACAGAUGUUUUUGUACUUUUUGCUUCUAUCAGCCUCAGCCAGUGUGACUGGUUGUCAGGAAUGAUGAGAGUUGUAUUCCAAUAGUAUCUGGAGGGCCAGAGAUGCCCCACUUCUACUGUGGUGCAUGGUAUAGCAUGGGGCCUUGCACUACAGGCAUCUCCCCACUUUUACGUGCAAUCGACUCACGCGUGAUCACGUAUACAUGUGGUACCGGGAAAUAAAUAAAAUAAUAAAAUAAAACGGAAUCAUACCAGGAAAUGACAGAAGAGAGAGUCUUCAUGGCUUAAAGGGAAACAUCUCUGGAUCCUAAAGAAGAUGUCAGUGAGGGUGGAGGAAGCCCUGAAGAGAGGCUCAGCAGGGCUUUGUUUAGGUUGCUUAGUCUCCCUGCAGUAGCAGUAGCAGCCCCUUUCCAAAGCUACCUCCAGCAGGCUCCAGAGCUUCAACUCUAGAUAUUUGGUUUGGAUUGAAGAGAGAGCUGGAGAGCAGGAAAAAACAGGUGCUUCCCACGUACAUGAUUUUCUGCUAUGUGUGUGGGGCCCCGAAGUGUAACUUCCAUGUGAGUGGAGGGUGGUUGCCUGUGGUUGGCUUUACUGUGAACUUAUAGUAUGCAGUUGGAAAAAUUUAUUUCCUUUUUAUUUAUAUAGGAAAGAGGGGGAGGUAGCAACUGCUAACUGUUUCCUAUAUUCUACCUUUCUUGGGCCAGGAGGAUAGUGAGAGGUCUUCUUUCAAUGACAGUGGGUGUCUGCUGGCUGAUAAAGACCUCUUUGAGAAUGGCUUAGAGGAAGAGGAUCCCCUUCUUCAAGAUGAAGAGUCUCUAGAGUUGAUAAAAGCUGCAGGGAAAGAGAAAGUGAAAAAACGGAAGGUGAGUAAUGCUAAACCAUCCAAGGAAACCAUACAAAGUAUUUGUUUUUGUUUACCUGAACUUAUUGCCAAUCAGUUUUACUGGAUGAUCCCAAAUUCUAGUUGGGUGGUGACCAGAGGCAGAGCCUUUAAAGUGGUGCCACAUUUGUGGAAUUCAAGUGGAGAGGGUUAUAGGAAGAUUCCAAAAGUACUGCACUGGAGCACCUUCAAAGCACAGCGUCCCAGUGUGCUAGACAGAAAUCGGUAGGGAUCUGCAGCAAACACCACGAAACCCCAGAAAUAAAUAUUUGGAUAAAUAUUUGGUAUUUCUUUAAGCAAUACUCUGUACAAAAGUUUCUUUUGGCAUGUUAAAUUUAAUUGCCUCUCCCACCAAUACUGGUUCUGAGAGUGAACACGACAAACAAGAUGGAUGAAUAUGAGGAACGUCUAUUGAAGGAACCUAAAAAUGACACCCACACCUAUUCACUUUUAGUUUUGUUUCUAUCUCACUUUUUUGUAUGGUACUUAACAGCACCUCAUCUUCCAUCCUGAGUAUGCCUAACUUUUAAUUGUGUCUAAGCCACAUGUUUGUUCAAAGCUGUCUUUUCAUUUUUGUUAAGGAGCGGAAGGCAGCCAAGCUGGGUAAGGAAGCCAUCAAACAGUUGCACAGCGAGACUCAGCGGCUUGUCAGAGGUAAGAUUUCAAAACAUUUUGCAAGAUUCUGUAUGCAUGUAGAAGGUUCCAGGUUCUAUUAAACUCUGGUAUCGCCCACUUUAAAAACACCUUAAAGGAACUGUCAACAGAAUGUGGACCUAUCUUUGCCACAGACCUUGGAGAUUCAUUUGCUAGGCAGUACUGUGCUUGCUGGGAUGCUGGUGGCGCUGUGGGUUAAACCACUGAGCCUAGGGCUUGCCAUUCAGAAGGUCGGCGGUUCGAAUCCCCGCGACGGGGUGAGCUCCCAUUGCUCGGUCCCUGCUCCUGCCAACCUAGCAGUUCGAAAGUACAUCAAAGUUCAAGUAGAUAAAUAGGUACUGCUCCGGCGGGAAGGUAACAGCGUUUCCGUGUGCUUCUCUGGUUCGCCAGAAGCAGCUAAGUCAUACUGGCUACAUGACCUGGAAGUUGUACACCGGCUCCCUCAACCAAUAAAGUGAGAUGAGCACCGCAACCCCAGAGUCGGUCACGACUGGACCUAACGGUCAGGGGUCCCUUUACCUUUACCUUACUGUGCUUGCUAGAGCAAUGGUCUGACUUCGUAUAAAACAGCUUCAUAUGUUCCUUUUAAGAUUUUUGUGUUUUUAUCAUUAAAAGUUAAACCAAGGCCAUACUAUUCAAAACUUUCCUUCAUUGUAUCCACACAGACCAGUUUAAUCCCUUUGUUUCUUUUCUGGUAGAAGCCAGCAUCCCUCUCCCAUACCACCUACCAGAAGCCAAAAGUGUCCAUGAAUUCUUCAAGCGCAAACCUCGUCCUGCCUUCCAGGGAAGUGCUAUGGCUUUGCUAAAGUAAGUCAAGCUUGCUGCUAACUUGUUCCUUUUCAUGAUACAGGCAUCUCUAGGUGUUGCAAUAGUGUUGUUAUAGAAUAGGACUGGAUGCAGAAUUCAUCUUUUUAAAAUCAUAAUUUCCUUAAUCUAGUUUUUCAAGAUAGCUUACAAAAGAAUCAUAAAACAAAUAUAAAACAGAUCAAAAACAUUAGAAACAAAAGCAAUUAUCAUAGCAAUAGUAAAAAUUAAAAAAAAAAGUAGAUAUAAAAUGUUUUAGAGAUUAAAAAGAUUUCCCAGGAUUUUAACAGAAUUAAUCUUCUUAGAAACUCUGGGUUUCAUUAAAAUAAAAAAGUUUCAAGGCUGCAUAGCUCUGAAAAUAUGCCUGCUCAGUUUUCAGAAGCCAGAAGGGUGAUUAAGAUUUUCCAGAGGUCAAGUUCAGGGUUACAACAUGCUGCCCAGUUCAAGCUUUUCCCAUUGACUAGCAAAAUCCAAAUAUAUUGUGCAAAAUAAACAAACUUGUGUAAUUCCCCAGUUUACAUAAUUUAUACAGGAUUAUUUUUUUUGUAAUUCUUGGGGCUAAAUUCUAAUUUUAUGUUUAGCACUGAGUACGCAACUGACAUCUCUUACUAAAAGUGUGCCAUUUAUACUCUGAGAUCUAACUGAGGGUGUUUUCAUGUACAAAACUAUUAUUUACUCCAAGUUAGAGAGAGCUAAUUCAUUUCAUAUGCUGCAAUGAGUGAAUGCCUCCAACCAACCCUUGUACAGUAUCUAUUUUGUAAUCCUGUGGAAACAUGUAGAGAUUAUUGCGUGGAAUAAAAAGGAGAGGCUUAAAUUGAUAUACCCCCUUCAUCUGAAGAUCUCAGGCCAGUUCACAAGAUAAAAAAUACAUUUGCCUUGCAAUGAAGAGAUGGGGAAAUGGAUCCUAUGUACACUUGCCUAUCCUGACUUCUCUUAAUACCAGCAGGUCCAGCUCCUUUCCAAAAAGUGAGAUGCUAUGACAGCCUGCUAGUCUGAGAUUGGGCAGUGAUGAGUCUCUUCCUUAGCACACAAGCCCCUCCUUCCUCUCUGCUUGUACUGGGCACUGAUGAAAGGGACUGCUUCCUUUUCAAAAAUUGGGAGAUUGUUUAUUUUCAUUAUGAUUAUAUUGAAUUGACUCAAAAUGGGCUAAAACAAAAUGAACAUCAGUAGAACAUGUUGCACACUUUAACUCUCCUGCCCCACAUGAGAAGGCACUGUGCACAUUACUGUGUCUAGCUAUUGGCAGAAAACUGUAAUCAUUCUUCAAUAAUUCUCUCCCCCCUCCCUUUAUUCAAGGAUAAAUAGGCAAAAUACUGCAUUCUGCCCUUAGCCUGAUUUCUUCAUUUUCUGAAAUGAACAAGUUUAAGAUUGGUAGUGAUCUAACUUGUAUUCCCCUCCCCCCCAACAGAUCAACUAAAUAUCAGCCCAGUCUGGAUGAAGAAAGUGCUGUUCCAAAGAACCCAGGUAUCGAUUGCAGUGAGAGUUGGAGAAGACAAUUUAACCAACCAGCAGGGAGAGUAUUGGCAGCAGGGCUUGAUCUGCAAUCUUCGGCCCCCUUGAACCCUGCUUCUGCCAGCACAGAUGAAACUUCUACUGGGGAAGUGGGAAAUUUGGCAAAACAUUGUUUUGAGGAAAAUGAACAGGGCAGUGAUUUAAAAAUUGAGUGCCUUAAGGAGGAGCUGAGUUCUGGAAAGCAAGAAAAGCUUGAUCAAAUCCCUGCAGAAUGCAUCAAAUCAGUAGAGAAUGAAGUGGAAGAAAACUUACUUGAGCAAGUGGAGGAGCAAUCUUCAGAACUGGGUGGAAAGCCCAAAGACAUUGUGCAGCCACAGGAAGCAGUGUUGUUAGCUCCUGCUGAAAAAACAAAGAAGUCCAAGCUGGAUCGGCUUCGGGAGCUGGGAGUAGACCUGACAAUCAAGCCUAGGCUGUGUUCCGGGGAUGAUUUGUUUAUUAAUCUUGAUGAGCCGGAAUCUAACAGAGGUGUGGUACCAGCAUCUAGUAUCUUGUUAUGUUGUGAUUCUUAUUCGCUUGCUACUGCUUAUAUGACAAAAGAUUGAAAAGGGAAUUGCUAGGGAAGUUUGCAUUGUUGGGGAGGGGAAGGUAAAAAAAUAGAUUUUUCAUUCUUCCAUGGUAUCUUCUCCUAAAACAUUUGAGUUCAAUGGUCAGGUGCUAUCUGCCACUUUGGAUAUUGAAAUCAUUUAUUUCUGUGUAAUGUGUCUAGAAUUGUGACAUGCUUUGCUUAAAUCAGGUUGUUUUAAGUCUCCGUAAGAUAGUCACUUAGCAUGGUUUAGUUAAGUCUCUCGCUCAUAUUUAAGCAAGGACACUUUUUCACAAGCCUGCCUGCCCCCCAGUAUUAAUAAUUGUGACACAUAGCAGUAAAAAACAUAAAUCGGCACUCUUCCAUUAGGAACACAAGAACCUGCCUUAUAUCAAGUAAGACCAUUGGUCCAUCUAGUUCAGUGCAACCUACAUUGACUGGUAGUAGCUUUUCAGUGUUCAUCUGAAACAUUCUCAGCCCUACCUUGAGAUGCUGGGGGGUUGAACCUGUAACCUUCUGCAUGCAAAGCAGAUGCUCUACCACUGAGCUAUGGCCCUUCUCCUUAAGGCUUCUUCAAAUGCUUGCCAUCACAGUUACCUGGAUGUAGUUCCUAAUUUCCAAAGAUGUCCUAAAAAGUGUCCCUUAAUUCUUGACAGCUGAGGCGCUGUUUGAGGGAUGACACUAUUUUAUUGUCUCAAACCCAACAAGAGUUAAGAAGACUUUUGACAUCUUUUAUUCAAUUGUUAGUGCAAGAAAAAAAACUAAAAAAAUAUUAUGAAAAGACAGAAGAUUUGACUUUUGCCCAUAGUUUUAACCCCAGAAUUGUGCCAUGUUCACGAGAGAACUAUUUUCUCCCACUUUCAACCAAAAUUUCAGAAACCCCAACAGAUGUUGGCAUGGUGUUAAAUUCUUAACAGGAAGACUCUUAUUUUUCAACUUGAUUGAUUUUAGGUAACUUUAGAUCCAGCUGAAGUAAGAUUGAUAGGCUUUAAAAAAAUGAAAACUACAAAGUUUUUCACAAAUAAGUAAUUAUAGUAUGUUUUCUUUUCUAACCCCUGCCCCCCCCAAAAAACAGAACUAGAUGCUUUGAAGGAACGUUUUGUGAAGCAUGCACUUUACACAACCAAGCCAAAAGCAGAACGAACGGUGGGCUUGAAUAUCAUUCGGAAAGAGACCACUCAUGAGGGCAAGGAGGAGCUGAAAGCAGAUGUGGUGGCAGUGACGUUGGCUGCAGAGACUGUGGAGGGUGCAACCCAUGCAAAACCAGGUACGCUUUGAGAGAGCACAGGGCAAGGUUUAUUGGGUGGGGAUGCUUCCAUCAGUUCUCGGGUGCUGGUCAUAAAUAGAGCUGCAAUGGUGGCUCAACCAAUGUAGAUUACUUUGUCAGUAACAUUUUUGAUACACUAAAAAGGUGCCCCUUGAUUGGAAAGCAGGUUUUUAGUUUCUUACAUUAAAAAAAAAAUGCAGAUUCUCAAAGCUGCUGAUGGCAAGUAGCAUCUUCAAAAAAGGGAACUGACUAAGAUGAUGCCUACUGCAACACAAGCAUGCGUCAUUUAGAAAAAGACACAAAAUGGCAUUCAUCUGAAUUUAAAAUAAUCUUUGUUGCUCAUACAGGUUUAAUUGAUUGACUCACAUUUCCAUAAUCCAAGUUUUAGUCAAUUGAAUGACAGCCCUAGUCCCACAUGAUGAGUAGCUCUGUCCUCUUGAUGAUACAGUAUCCCCAGUUAACCCCUCGUCACCUACAAAAUCUUAUGCUUCAGGUAGGACCAAUUGUCCUUUUUAGCUUAAAGCAAAUAAGAUCUCAGAAGCCUGAAGCUUUCCUUCUCUUCCUAGCUGGAAUUGCUGGUUCUCUUAGUCAGCACAUGAGUUCCUGAACACCCCCAAUUUCAAAUAAACUUCCAUUGCUUUUAAAAUUAAUUGUUGGUGGCAUCAUUAAAAUGCUUGCCCGGGACAAUGACAUUUCUGUGUGUCUGUUAAAAUGUGCAUCUUAGCGUAUUUAUGCUUACCAGGUGAAAAGCUACAAAUGCUUAAGGCUCAACUGCAGGAGGUCAUGAAGCUCCGCAGGAUGGAGGAACGCCAGAAGCGGCAAGCAUUGUAUAAAUUGGAUAAUGAGGAUAUGGUGGAAGAGGAGGAAGAAGAGGAGGAGAUGACAGAUGAAUCGGAGGAGGAGGAAGGCAAUCAAGAGGUCUUUCCUUUAUUUUGCUUUACAUUUUAUUUUAUUUUGGCCUACUUCAGCAAGUUCUAAUGUAUUGCUGACUUCUCAUAAAACUGUCCAGGAACUAUGAGACUCAGGAAUUUGUGCCAUGUUUAAUAUUGGCCUCUUGCCAAAUUGAUCUGAAAUAAAAAUUGUAAUUAAGUAAAUGCGGCUUCAGCUCCCCACACAGCUAGGCAUUGAAAUCCAGGCUUUUAUCUUGUCCACCUUACUGCUGGCAAUUUUGCAGCCAGAAAUUUGUUAUGAUUUAAUCAUGAAACAAUUUCCCCCGAGGAAGUACAGAAAUUCAGGCAGGUAGUCACAGAACCCUGAAGGGCCACCACUUACUUUGCCUCGUUCCAUACCUCUCAAAAGCCACACAGGGGGGCUCUGAAUAUGAGAAAGUAGGAAACGAGGCCAAGAAUGACAUUGCUGUACAGAGUAUCAACUAGCAGAGUAUCUUAGAAGCUCUGUUGCAAGGAAAUGAAGCACUGCAAAGCCAGGCAGAAUUGUGAUGAACCGGUACUUUAGUUUGCUUUAAAUAUACAUAUCUGCCCCCCUAGCAAGACCAAUUCUGCAAUUUUACUAUAGGCAGAAUAAAUUAAACAAAAGGCAACAACUGUUGCAUCUAAGUUUUGGAGUUCUGCAAAAAUUUAGUAUUUAUUUAGAAGACUUGAAAAGCAAGUUACAAUCUGAAUUAUCAGAGUGGGGUACAUUAUUAAUAUAAUUGGAAUCUGUAAAAUACAGCAAUAAAAAUGGGCCAGAUAAGAAACUAAGGGAGCAGCCUCUGAUCAUUGUGAAUGUCAAGUAGCAGCAGAUUCCUCUAUUGCAGAGUUUAUGCCACCCAUGAUGUCCAGCUGCAAAAGAGGGCAUCUGUCUGGGCUCAACAUGUUCUUGGACUCUGUCCUGGCACCUGUUUUUAAAUGCUAGGGAUUAGACUUGGGGGGAAAAAGAAGGAAUUUAAGGAAGUACAUAUUCUUCACUGCUGAGAUAACUCUUGCAAUAUGUUAGGAGGAAGGGCUUCUGAACCGGAGAAUAGUAGUUUGAGAUAGACCGGCUCUAGAAAUUAAGUGUUGGCCUUCUAGAUCAGUUAUCCCAAAAGAGGGAUGGGGCAGGCAGUAGGGAAUGGGAACUGUGACCAGCAACCACUUCUUUAUCCUCCUGCUGGUGGCCCCCAUUGUACCUCUUUUCUUAGUCUGAGCUUUUGGCAGAUACUGGCUCCAUCUUUUUAAGGUGUUGUCUGUAACUAUAAGGGCUAGAAACUGGUUUAUUGCAUAUACAGAAAAAAGAAACUAAAGAAGUCUAGAUAACAUGAGAAUUUUGCUGGAUUAGAUCAAGAGUCUAUCUAGUUCAGCAUCUUGUUUCCCAUAGUGCCAAGCCAGAUGCUUGUGGGCUUCGCAGAAGCAAGUCAGGAAGGCAACGUUCUUCUAUUGUCUCCUAGCAACUGGCCUGAUCCUUUUUUUAAAGCCCUGUUUUGUAACCGUAGGUUUCAUAAGAGUUUUCACUGUUCGCCAUAAAAGUGUAUGCACUUGAAGCCAACAACUAUCUGUGUUUAAGCAUACCCAUAAGCAAAAGUUCACUCACUAUGGAAUUUGGUAUACGUGUGUGUGUGUAUUUCACUAGACGGUGGAGUAUCUGCUUGGUGAGGCAGAGGAAGAUAAUGAGGAGCUGGAAGAGCAAGGCCCUGCAGAUAGCGACAAAGAAUCGGUUGAUGAGGAACAAGCAGCUAACUUUGUGCACUGCACUGCUGUUCCAAAGCUUUCUUCAACAGAGUCAACCUUGCUGCUGUUCAAGGAUAACUCUUCAAAAACAGGGUAAGCUUUAGUUUUAUUACAGGACUAGCCAACACGGUAAACUCCAAAUGUUCUUCGAAUCCAAUCUGAGCCAGCAUAGCCAAUCACCCAGUGUGUCCACCAGCAACUGGAGGGCACCACAUUGACUGUCCCUGAUUUAUGGAGUGGUCCUUGCUACCUUUUAAAAAUACGAUUAUCCUUCAUUUGGGCUGUUACUGUUUCUUGCAGGUGUUCUCUUCCAAGUGAAAAAGCUGAGGUGGAAGAAGGUGUGGGAAGAUCACACAAGCCAGGUAAUAUACCUGCGUAUCUGCAGCUGGCGUGCUCUUGUCUGUUUUUUCAUACUGUGCCUUUGAACGACAAACUAAGCUUCUCUUGUAACUAAAAUAUAUGUCUUAAUAACUUUUAUAUGUAAGUCUUUCUGCUUCUUCUCUUCAUGAUUGAAUGGUGGGCAAGCAUUUUGCCAAAACAUAGAUAUACUUCAACAAUUAGCAAUAUAUUUCUUUUAGUUACAAGGUAAGUUUAAUACACAGAUACAUAGGCUGGUUAAAUUUUGGGAAGGUCUUUCAAACAACUACCUCUGGGAUAGAUGUGAUCUGCUGCAUGCCUUGCUGCAAACCUAUCUUGGCUUACGAUCUGCUAAAGUGUGGAUCAGAACCCCACUGGAUUUGCUGCAAGGAAAAUGUGAAGUUGUAAGUCUUUGACUGCUUAGAGGCUCAAAUCUUCACAUGCUAGAAAUGAAGCAGUGUGUGGAGAGCUGUGUAUAUAAGAGGUGAAACUAGGAGAGAGAUGUAUGGGAUAUAGUCGCUGGAUGAGUUAUACAUAACUAGGUUGUAGGUGUUGGUUUCUAUUUCCCUCACUGAGCAGCAACUGCAGUCACAAGACAUUGUUUUGCAUUCCACAGUCAGAGGUACUGUUGGAGUUUCUCACGGGAAAGGGAGACUGGAUGUGACGUACACUGGUUUCCUGUUUUUUCACUGUGUGAUUCUCUCCAAGCUGUCGAGGAGAGAGGAUGCAUUUUUCUGCUUUGGCAGAGGCAAGAUGUCUUUCUGUAAUAUACCAGCUUUGAACUGUAAAUAAAGCUAUAUGGAGUAUGUAACACAUUUUCCUCAUCCUUCCGCUGGGCACCAAGACUCUGCUUUAAAUCAACACGUGGUUAUGGGCCCAGAGGUCGAAUCGGAGUGCCGGCAACGGAUCGGAAUGCAGAGGAACGGAUCGGAAAGGAAUCUGCUCUGCGCGUAGAAGUGAUUGAUGAGGUAUGUGCUACUGCUCCGGGCAGCCUGCCAGCUUCAAGAUAAUGGCUUUAUGGCUGGACUUUGAACUUUUAAAGCCGGUUUUGCGAAUAGGCAAAAGGCUCCCAGGCACAAGUCACUAUGCUGGGGAAAUCGAAAGUAACUUUUAAGUGUGCCUUUGUAAUGAAGCAGCUGCAGCAGUGACGCAGCAAGAUUUAAAGCAGCAUAGAUAUGACGCUGAAGGCUAAUGCCAGAGUCAUGAUGGCCCUUCAGGAUGCUUGUGGGAUUCCUAAGCUCAACAAGAAAAAUUACAGCGACUGGGUUCAGUAUGCAGAGGCAAUUCUGCGGAAAGAGGGUUUGUUUGAGGUGAUUACAGGAACCCCCAGUUCCAGUUACAGAUGCAUGGGAAGCUAAGGAUUCCAAAGCAAGGGGAACUCUUACAUUGAUAGUAUCCCCAGAAGAGCUCUGUCUAUUGCGUGAUAAGACCUCAGCCAGAGAAAUUUGGGACGCUCUGAAAGAGGCUCACUUAAGGACAGAAGCUGGAUCCACUAUGUUUUAUUUUAACAAGCUGCAUAAUAUGGCUCUUACUGAAGGUGGAGAUGUGCGUUUACAUCUGAUGCAGAUGCAAAAUCUGAGACAUGAGCUGCAACAGAGAGGACUCAACUUUCCAGAGGCUGUGUAUUCUUUCAUGAUACUACAAUCUUUGGGUUCAGGUUGGGAGUCUGUUGCAACCCAGAUUGCUGUGCAACCAACUGCUCAGCUGACAGUGGACUUUGUUACUGCCGUGAUUUUAAAUGAAGCAGAUCGCCGGGUGCUAGCUGCAUGGGCAAGGGAGAGUCUUCACAGACGUCAUCCCAUAGUGCAGUGGAACCACCAGAUGGCGCCAAAGCUUUGAAGGCAGUGAAAUGCUACACGUGUGGACGUCUAGGCCAUAUGAAGAGGGAAUGCAGACAUCCCAGGGCCAAGACAGAGCAGCGCAGCGAAAGCUCAUCGCGCGGAAAAGGCCGAGGCAAAGGCAAAGGUCCGGUGUCUAGGACAACGCAGCACAAGGCUAUGGUUUCACGCUUCACUCCAAAGGUUGCAGAGGUCCAGAAGACGUCUAGAUCUUUCUUCGUUGUUGAUUCAGCGGCCACCCACCACAUGUGCAACGAUAAGAAACUGUUUGUGUCUUUUACACCGCAGGAAGGUGCGAUUCACCAGGCGGAUGACCACACUAUUCCCAGUAAAGGCUACGGAACUGUUGUUCUUCACAGUUUGGACUUAUCGAUACAGAAUGUGCUUUACGUGCCAGACGCCAAACAUAAUCUGCUCAGCGUUGGACAGCUGAAUGAGCGGAACAUUGACGUUUCCUUCAAGAACAAGAAGUGCAUCAUCACAAAGAAAAAUGAUUAUGUAUUGCAUGCAGAAUAUGUUGAUCAUUUGUUUGUUUUGUAUUAUGAUGAUGUGGUGCAGGAUGACACUUGUUGCAUUGCAGGUUCUAACAAAGUUUGCAUGCAGAAUGUAUUCACGAUUUUCAUCGCAAAUUUGGUCAUUUGCAUUUUGAGGCAGUAUCUAAAAUGCCUGCCUUGGUUGAAGGUAUGACUAUUAAACCCUGCAGGUACCACAUGAAGUGCAAAGCAUGCGCAGCAAACAAGGUGAAAAUGGCUGCGAAAGGUAAGGUGUCUAGUAGGAAAGCUACAGAACCAUACCAGGUUGUUCAUGCUGAUUUGGUUGGACCACUAUCGCCCUCUUUGGGUGGAAAUAGGUACUUCAUGGUUCUCAUUGAUGCAUUUUCUAGAUAUAUUUUUGUGUACAAUCUCAAGCAGAAAUCGGAGGCUUUUCCUAGGUUCAAGGAAUUCUGUGCUUGGCUGGAAAAUGUGCAUGGUAAGAAGAUAAAGACUCUUUUCAGUGAUCGCGGGGGGGAAUUCACUUCUCAGCAGUUUGAAGCUUUUCUGACUGAGAAAGGAAUUCAACACGAUUUGUCUAGUCCUCGCUCGCCAUGGCAGAAUGGACUUGCGGAACGGGCAAAUCAGACAUUGCUUCAAGGGUUAAAAACCUUGCUGCAUGAUGCCAAUCUUCCAGAGAGUUAUUGGGCCGAAUCUCUCUCGUGUUUUGUUUACAGUUACAAUCGCAGAUUAUCUUCAGCGAUUGGUUGUACCUCUAUGAGAAGAUGUUUGGCAAGAAGCCAUACAUCAAACACAUGAAGAUUUUUGGUUCUGACAUGUGGGUUCACUCACCACAAAACUCCAAGUUAGACAAGCGUGGAUUGCAUGGUAUCUUUCUAGGUUAUCAGAAAGGGUCUUACAGAAUAAUGAUGACUGACUCUAAGACAAUUAAGCUCACGAGAAGUGUUGAGUACAAUGCAAAGUGGGGGAGAAUGUGGGAAUUUUCCAAUGUUAUCCUGAUGACGGUGAUGAGACUGAGGAUAGUCAAAAGCAACCACAACAGCCCACACCCACUGAUGAAGGUUCUGAGUCUGAAUCUGAAACUGAAUCGGGUGAUUCAGAGGAUUUCAAGAGUGCGAAAGCCUCUAUGCGACCCUCUGAAAGCUCUGAUCAAGAAUUGGAGGAACCAUUGUUCACAAUAGGUCGUUUUUCUCCUAAGAAGGAAGAGGAGAGUGUUGAAGACUUAAGGCUAAUUCGUAGGUCACAGAGAGCCACAAAAGGCAAACCUCCAAAGAGAUUUGCUGAUGAGUUUGCUAAGAUAGCAGUAACAGCUGUUAAAAGCUCCAAGAAGGUAUUUGAACCUUCAAAUUUCCAAGAAAUCCAGGGUUUGGAUUCAAAGGAAGCUAAGCCAUGGUUAAAUGCCAUGAAGGCUGAGCUUGAUUCCUUAGAAAGGAACAAAACAUGGGAGCUAGUUCCAGUAGUUCCAGGAAUGAAACUGCUUGGAAGCAAAUGGGUCUUCAAAGCGAAGACAGAUCAAAAUGGCAAGAUAGUCAGACACAAAGCCAGAUUGGUAGCCAGAGGUUUUGCACAGGUACCAGGUGAAGACUAUCACGAGACCUAUUCACCCACAGUGAGAUAUGAAAGCAUUAGGCUUAUGCUCAAGCUAGCUGCAGAGGAAAAUCUACACAUUAGUCACCAUGAUAUUAAUACAGCUUUUCUGUACGGAUCUCUAGAUGAAUCACUUUAUAUGCUUCCACCUGAUGGCGUACAGGUAAAACAGGGAUUUGUUUGUGCUCUGAAGAAAUCCCUUUAUGGUCUCAAACAAAGUGCACGGUGUUGGCACACAAAACUCACUGAAGUAUUGUUUCUCUAGGUUUUCAGCAAGGGAAAGCUGAUCCAUGUGUAUUUGUCAAAGAGGAGGGGCAAAAGAAACUGUACUGUUUGUUUUAUGUUGAUGAUUUAUUAUUCUUUUGGAAAGAUGUUGCAAUGUACAAUAGCGCCCUAGCUCAACUGAAAGAGCACUUUGACAUGAAAGAUCUUGGUGAGGUAAACAACUACCUAUCUCUGGAAAUAGAGAGAGAUCAAGAUGGUAACAUUCUAGUACACCAGUCACGGAAAAUUGCUGAUGUGUUAAGCAAACUAAAUCUGAUGGAUGCUAACCCUGUAGACACACCGAUGACAACAGGUUAUCAGGUAGAUGACACUGAAGAAGCAUUUUCUGACACUACACUGUACAGGAGUGUGCUAGGCAAGCUAAACUUCAUUGCCAGAUGUUCAAGACCAGACAUUGCUGUUAGCUGUAAUUUGCUAAGCAGACAAGUCAACAAUCCUAGUGUCAAGGAUUGAAAGCUCUGAAACGCAUAGCGCGGUAUUUGAAAGGCACUAUGCAUUACAGACUGAGAUUUAACAAUCAGAAGUCUGGUGGUCUUGAGAUAUUUGCAGAUGCAAGUUUUGGAAGUGACGCUACAGACAGGAAAAGUACGUCUGGAGUUUGCUAUAUGUACAAUCAGAGUCUGUUUGAUUGGUCAUGCAAGAAGCAAACAACAGUUAGCUUAAGUACUUGUGAAGCCGAACUGAAUGCACUGUCUUAUUCACUUAAGGAUUGUGAAUGGUUAGUACAAUUGUGCAAAGAUAUGAAAAUUCCUGUCAAAUGUCCAAUCCAGGUUUACCAGGACAACAAAGCAUGUUUGGCUUUGCUGAAGUCUGAAGGUUGUAAGCAAAGCACAAAGCACUUGCAAUUAAAGUUGCAGCAUGCUAGGGAAUGUAUUCAGAAGGGACUCGUAACGGUGUCCUAUAUGCCAGGUAAUGAAAUUCCUGCUGAUGUAUUGUCCAAGAUUGUAUCAAGGGAUCAACACUGUACCUAUGUGCAGAAGUUGGGUUUGUACUGAUAUUGUGCAAACACGCUGCCCAGUGAUGUUCACAGAAAGGGGAGGAUGUUGGUUUCUAUUUCCUCACUGAGCAGCAACUGCAGUCACAAGACAUUGUUUUGCAUUCCACAGUCAGAGGUACUGUUGGAGUUUCUCACGGGAAAGGGAGACUGGAUGUGACGUACACUGGUUUCCUGUUUUUUUCACUGUGUGUUUCUCUCCAAGCUGUCGAGGAGAGAGGAUGCAUUUUUCUGCUUUGGCAGAGGCAAGAUGUCUUUCUGUAAUAUACCAGCUUUGAACUGUAAAUAAAGCUAUAUGGAGUAUGUAACACAUUUUCCUCAUCCUUCCGCUGGGCACCAAGACUCUGCUUUAAAUCAACAGUAGGGAGUUGGGGUGAGCAGAAGAUCUUAGUUUUGGUGUGGGCUGUUUUAUGUAGCUUGAGCUGUUCUCAUUCCAUGUUUGUACUUCUGAAAAUGUUCAGCUGUUUCCCUACGUUACUGCAAAUGUUUCAUUUUGUUGGUGACUUCUGUUUCAAUGAAUCAGUGGUUUCCCCUUUCUGUGAGACAAUGAAGAUUUGCCAUUACUGGAAGCAGGAUAUUUUGUGGGAUUGAUUCACACUUGUGCUCUAGCAGAGCUUUAUUUGGGGAAGACCCAGUGAAUGAAUUUCAUUUGGCACUCAGUGAUAAACCAGUUCCUAUAGUUGGGGUCUGAGUAGAACCUCAGCCCUCCCCCAAAUUCCAUGGAGAGGGAUGUGGCUUAGUUCACUCUAAUAGUUCACUCUAAUAACCAGCUCAGGUUGUUUUAAUUCCUCUAAAAAUUAGUAGGGUUUCUUCACUUUUCCUUUCCUUCUCUUAGAAGAUGAAGAUUCAUUUUUACUGCCGAACUUGGCAAAGGAAAACAGUCACAACAGCAGCUUUGAGUUGAUUGGUUCUAUGAUUCCCUCCUAUCAACCUUGCAAUAAGCAACUGGCACGUGGAGGCAACUUUCUGUCUGCCGUUGGAGUCGUCCGCUCUCCUUCUCCCGGCUUUUUCAAAACCAGCUUCAUCAGUUCUGCUUCUAAGGUCAGAUUUUGAUCUUUUUUAAAAUCUUUAACUAAUAGCAGCUGGUCACUCGAAGAGCAAAUAUGUAACUUUAAGAACUGGUGCCUGAAUUUGCUUUCCCCCCUCAUCCCUCUCCACUCGAUUUUCCUUUUUGUAUCAUGCUUCUUAAAUGGUGAGCUUGCAGACAGGCGCUGUUGUUUUUAAAUCUUCUGUGUGGCAUCUAAGAAAAUGCUUUAUACAUAAUGGAUAGCAAGUAUUUGUGAAGUGUGGAGUUUUUUUUAAUGCAGUGUUUACCAUAGGUACAGAAACUUAAGCACGCCAUACAAAUGAGGUACACCCUUUAAACUGUGCAGAAGGGUCACACUCACCUUGUUCUUUUCAUUGCACAGGUCAUCCAAAAGGGUGACUAUGCUGCUUCAGUGCCAAAAAUAAGACCAGAUGCCAGAUAGAAAUAGCUCUAGAAAAUUGGUGUCAUCAAACAGUGUCUGUUGGGCAUCAACCACUAAUUCAAGCGUCUUGCCCAAAAUGGAUAUGUUUGUGACUAGCUAGUAGUUGGAAUAAUCUUGAGGAGAGGCAGGAAGAGUACCUCUUUUUGGCAAGGUGGUCAGGGCCAUCUUGUAAUGAGGAUUUUGUAGUGUCCUGGACCCUGCCUCUCAACUGUCUUCCACUUGUUAUUAAGAGCCAUGCCUUUGUGAACUGUCUUCAGUUCAUUGAUUUAGCAGAUGUAACUGUAUUUGUGUAGGUUUCAAUAAGCUACUCUCUUGUAGUCUCCAUGACCUGUCUAUUCUAAUCUGUGGCUGGCCUUUAUUUAUUUAUUUACUUAUGCGAGCAUAUUUGUAGUCAUAGAACAGCAGAUCCCAGGGCAAGAUACAAAACAACUAUAUACAUAAAAUCAGACAUGAGAAUCUGAGGACGAGCCUCCCAAUGCUCUUGUUCCCCUGGCUAGUAGCAGAGACAAGAAUGUAUUUCCUUUAAUUCUGCAGCCUUAGGGAAACCUUUCUUUCUUUGCUUCCUAUGUCCAGAAAUUCAAAGUUUUUGCAAAUUGAUUAAUUUCUAUAUGCAAACAUUAUAAUUGAUUCCAAUUUUGUAUUGCUUCAGUUUGUUAGCUGCAGAGUUCUGGCCUGCACUUUUAAUUUUUCUAGUUUGAAUUUUUCAUUUCCUAGUUUGAAUUUUGGCUACAGUCUGCCUUUUAAUUCAUGAAUCUUAACUGUGUUCUGCUUCUCAUCUGCUUUAGAGUUCAGGGAAGGCAUCUGAGCCUUCCCUACCCAUAGAGGAUUCCCAAGAUCUCUACAAUGCUACUCCUGAAGAGAAAAGCCCAGUUCCAACAGCUGGGAGGUUUCAGUUCCAGUUCUCCCUAGAAGACGACACUCAGAGUCAGUUGCUUGAUGCGGAUGGGUAUGUAAUUUGGAGAGUUGGCUCUCUUUUGCAAGUAACGCUUUCAAAAUAGGUAGAGUAAGGUUGCAUUCCUAAACAUACUUACUAGGAAGUAAAACUGCAUUGAACACAGUGGGACUUGCUUCAAGGUAAGCAUGCAUAGGAUUGUGAAUGGUUAGAACAAAUAAACAGUGGGAUGAAAUGCACCCACUCUUCAGUGAAUGGUUUCUCAGUCUCAGAAAUAGAAGCUGCUGGUUUGCUGUUGCCUGUGUACUCAGUAUCUUCUAGUAGUAGAUAAUAGGCUUGAAUCCUGAAACCCACGAGAGGAAGGAAGUUUGGUGGUAGAAAAGGAUAUGCUUCCACUUUUCAGUCCAAGACACAGUGUCCUCAAUGACUUAGCAAUGAAGUCAAGUUGCUGGAUCUGACAAAUCUUCAACCAGCAGGCCAUAUUUCAGAGUUACUUAGUUCACAGGCCUAUUGGGAAGGUGUGUGUGUCUUGAUCUUUUUGACUAUUGGCAGCUUGUGGAAUGAAUCUAGCCUGAAAACAAUUUUUAUACAGGACCCACAGCCCUACCAAAUCUUAACCCAAAGUGUAAAAAACUUUGCUCAUAGUCUGGAGUGGAGUGAAAUCAUUUUCAAGUUAUUUUGAUUUUGAUUUAUACCCCACCCUUCAAGAGGUUCCCAAGGCAGCUUACACAAAGUUGAAGCUACUGUUAAAUAAAUUAAAACAAAUAUAUUGAAGUGCCACAAUAUAAAGGCAGCCAACAGGAUUAUACCAAGAAGCAUAACAAGAAUGCACAAGCGUUUAAAAACCCUGGGAAAAUAAAAACCACAUCCACACUUCCCCACCCCUGUUCCUCUGCUUCCUUUGUGUCAAAGUUUAGAUUGAACAUUCCUUGAGAAACUGUAAAAUUCUUUCACAUUGAUGACACUGUAUACACAAAGCAAGUAAAUAAAAGUUGUCUAAGGUAGGUAAGUCCUAAAAGAAAAUGCUGAAACAGUUAUACAGUGGUGCUUACCCUGUGUGAGUGUAGCUACAGAAGAAGCAUCCCAAAAGGUCCAUGCUGGAGACCUUUCUUGCCAAACCACCUGAGCUUCCUCUGAUGACUCUGGACUUUUUCAAAGACGGUCGUUAAUUUUGCUUUCAGGUUUUUGAAUGUUGGCCAUCACCGGAACAAAUACCAGUCAUCCAAGGACCGCCUACCGUUGGCUAGCAUGGACGAGAACGCCAUGGAUGCAAACAUGGAUGAGCUGUUGGAUCUGUGCUCUGGCCAGUUUGCCUCUCAGAACAAGUGUCCUCCCAACACUUACCAUGGCAAGAAGCAGAACAUGGAAGAGCUGCUCAACCUUUGCUCUGGAAAGUUUGCUUCUCAGAGUAAGUUGUGGAUCUUGCUCCUCAUAGCAAGAGCUACGGUUGCACAUACCACCUUCGGUAGGCUUUUGCUAAAUUCUACACCCAGAAUAUGAUGAUCAAACCAAAGGGAAAGAGGCUAGUAGGUACCUAGUUUUGGCAAGUAAAUUUAACGGUUUUGUCUGUGGAUUUUUUUUUUAAUGGCAAUUUUAUUCCGUUAAAAAUAAUCUUUACUCUGAUUUUCAAUUUACACACUGCUGAAGGCUGCUUGCAGCAUAGUAGACACAUGUAGGAUAACAAUAAACAAGAUAAGGAGGUAAGAACAGCAUAUAUAACAAUCUGAUUAAUGAAACCUGUAUAAAAUGCAACAGCUUAGUAGUCUGACUGCUUGCCCGAAAAGUUCUUCUUGUGACUGAAGGCCACUGUCAAGGGAGCAAGAAGUCCCAUCCCAGGAAAGAAGUUCCUCAACCUGGCAGAAGUUUCAGUAAAGUGGGGGUGGAGGGACAAAUGUGAAAAUUGCAGUUUUAAGCAACACUAGAGUUUGAGUAAAGGAAAGAUGGAAAGACACUGAGGAUUUUUUUCUCUUAUUUGAAACCAAAUAGUUUUAACGAGGAGAAAUAGCAGAGAUGGGUUCACCACAGAAACUAGCACAGCAGAGCCUUUCCAAAUUCUCUUCUUGCUGUACCCAAACCUUAGUUUUAAACAUAGUGUCUCCCCUGCUUGGUUUAUUAUCAUCAUUAUUUAUUGACAUUAGAUUUAUUGCCUGCCCUUCACCAGCAGGUCCCAAAAUUUAAAAAUAGAAGUAGUUAAACAGAUUACAAUCACAUCUUGGGUAUCAAUGGCUGAGUCCAACCUCUGUCAUUGUUGACAAUUGUCACUUUCUCAGUCUUAGUAUCUCUCCAUCCCUGUUUUACUUAAACCCCUGCUGUUGCUUAAAACUGCAAUUUUCCUCUAAGUGAUACCCACCUUUCACUUUACUCAGACUUUUGCUAUUGUUUGAAACAGCCACAUUUUUCCCUUUCGUUGUUCCUCUCUUCUUACCUCCAUGUCAUAGUCGCUGCUGCUGUGCAACCAGCCUUGUCUUCUGCUCCUCUUCCCUGACUUUAUGCAAAUCCUCCAAUGAGAGCUGUGUGAUGACAUUCUUACAUUAUAAUAUAUAGAGAAAUAAAAGCUCCCAAUAUUAGGUAGAGGAAUUGCUGUUUCUUUAGCAGCAGCAGCUUUUUAAUAAGUUUAAGGGCUGGGGAUACAAGAACACUUUAUCUGGGACCAGCUGGGUUCUGCCUGUUGGUCCCUGUUCCAGUGACAUCUCAAUUCUGGUUUCUUUCUCAGAUUCUCCCAUUCGAUCCUCCUCAGCAAACCCUAAACUGGAAAAAGAGAACAGCACUGAUGAUCCAAUGGCUGAGGCAGUAGCUCUUUGUUCUGGCUCUUUUUCAACUGAGAGGUAAGCCUUGGAGAUGUGCAACUCAGUUCUCCAAAGGUUUUCCUCUCCUUCAGUAGAGGGAGCAUGAAAACAUCCAUUGUAUUGAGAUAAUCGGUACGACUGGGAGGAGAAAACUUCUCAAUUAAGCAAAAUUUUUCACUGGCCUAGUCGCCAAGAAGUGGUGCUAUCUCUCCUUAUUGUUUACCUUUCUACACUAAACUAAACUCCAGAAAAUUAGCCGCAGCUAGUCCAAGGCAGUGCUAAGUACGGUGACAUAUUGGGGACUGUGAGGAUAGAUAAGUCCUAAUGCGUUUUGUUUUGUUCACCAUGUUCUGUCAUGGCUAACUAGGUGUGACAGGUUGGACAGCAGGGGCGAGAUGCCUGUGGCCCUCCAAAUGUAUAUUGGACUCCUGUUUUCCCACUUGCACAUUCCCACUUUGCUAGAUUCCAGUUGCUAAGCAAGUCUUUUUCUUCCCUUUUAAAAAUCCUUUCCUGUAGAGAAGCGGAAGAAGAUGAGGAAGAAGAAUUUGGAGACUUCUGUCUCUUAACAGAUGACCAUGCCUUUGAUAGUGAAGAAGUGAGUACUGCAAACUAUUGUGGUUAUUCCAGAAUUAAACACCAGGCAUGCAUUCCACACAAAACCUUAACUAUUUCCACUCCCACCCCAAAGCCAAUGUUCUACUCAACUAGUCCACCGGAAGCUAAUGGGCAGGGCUGGGUAUGCCCCAGAGUAAAUGGAUUUGAAGAGAAACUCCAUUCUGCAGCCUGAAUGUGUGUACUAAGCAAAUUUGAAUAUUUUUCCUUACUUUGUGUAAUUGAUUCUGCUUUGCAGAGCACUGAAGCCUCAAGCCUAAACCCCCAGUAUCUUGUUCAGUCACCCCUCAGGCUCCUGAGAUUUCAACAGACAUUGCCCUGUGCUCUUCCAUUCCCAUUUCUAUUGCUUUUUAAAUGAAGCUGGAGGCUGUACCCAGUAGCUCAUUCUGUGGGUUUUCUAUGCUCCUAAACAAUCAUCAUGUAGACACCACCUUCUAACUGUGUUGUUUAAAUAAAAGAACAAGCUGAAAUAUAGAAGGUAGUAAAGGAGGUGAUAAGAUACUAAAGGAAAUCCUGAAUUCAUUUCCUGAAUUGAUAGGAUGAAAAGAACAAAGAGGAGGAGGAGGAUGAGCAGGAGGAGGAAAAGGAAGGAGAGACAGAGGAAGAAGAAGAGAGUGAAGAUGAAGUAGAUGAUGAUGAUGAAGAGGAAGUGUUAAGACGAAGGGAAGGAAUGAAGAAGAAAUUGUAAGUAAAUCCUUCUAGCCUUUAUAGUUUUGCAAUAAACAGGAUCAAUGCAAUAUAUGAAGCUAUCUAAAACAAAAUAAAAAGGGACAGGCUUGAAAGAUGUUGGCAGAGAAAUCUUUCCAGGGGCUUUCUUGGCAAAUUUGCUAAACUUCAUGCACUUUGAGGGGGAUAAGCACCACCUCAGUUGAUCUGUAGGCAGGGGAGUGCUCUCUCUCUCUCUCUCUCUCUCUGUGUGUGUGUGUGAGAAUGAUAUCACACCAAUGGCUGGCAUGGAACCUUCAAGUGUCAGCCAACAGUGAAGAAGAAGAGGAGGAAAAGAUUACUUAGAUCCCACCUAUCUGACUGGGUUGCCCUCAGGCCACAAAACCCCGGACUCAGACCAUGGCUCGAUGCAAACUGGCCACAGACUGAGAUAUGGGGGAUGGUUAAGGCAAAUCUGCUUUUGCGCUGAAUGGUUGGUGAAGGCAGCGUGGAGCAAGCAGACAACAGUGGCAAUCAGCCUCUGCUUGAACAAUUGCAGGGUUUGACAGCCCAGUUCCAUUUAAUGAAAUGGCGGGCUGACGAUGAAGCAGGCAAGGGGAAGGGUACUCAGAGGGCUAACCUGUUUAUUUUUCUGGAUGCUGCUGAAAUGAGCUCAGUGACACACUCUUGUGAAGGCACCACAAGAAGGCAGCAGCAGGAAGGAACAAGCUCUCCCAACUUGAUUCGGUUUACCCUUGGCAUCUGUUCUUAUUUCAAAAUAUUAAUAAACUAAAUUCUGUAUUAAAGAAAUGGCAACAAAUGUUUCUGAAAUUUAUUGGGAACAAUAAAAAUCAUGGCUGAAGGCAAAGGUUUUAUAUGAUGAAAGGAAAAGAGGAGAGCCUCGGGUUCCUUGUCUUUCUUCAUUUUGAUUGGGGCUUAAUUGUUUCUAUUUUGUUGCAUCUUUUAGAAGCAUGGAUUUGGCAUAUAUUAAUAAAAUAAUAAUAGUAAUACUGCUACUACUAAUAGUAAUAAUGCACAACUAGUUUUAAAAAAUGUAGGCUUACAACUUUUGUGGCCUUAAAUACUGGCAUGAUGUUGAAAAUUUCUAUUGCAUGUUAGGGUAUCUCCUAACAUGGGAUUUGCAAUAUUUCACAGUAUCUUUAAGUGUUGUACUCACACAUUGUGCUGUUCUUCGGUGAUUUAAGCAGGUCCUGUGUAUGUAUGGAAGUCUCAGUUCAACUCCUGCCUUGCAAGGUAUAAAUGUUUUCUCCUUGAAGGACUGAGAACAGAGUCUUGGAGGGCUGGAUUUGAGACUCUGCCUGCUAAUGUUGGCAGUUCUGGGUAAGAUGAAGUUUGUCAUGAUGUGCAGCAGCUCCUGAAAUCUUUUUAGACUCAACUUGGAUUCCUGGUUUUCUUUCCCUCCUCUCAAAACAUUUCAGCAAAUUGCAGGACUUCAUGGAAGAGGAGGCUGAGCUGUCGGGAAGUGAGAUGGGGAGUGAGGAUGAAUAUGACGGUGAGGAACUUGAUGUUUAUGAAGAUGAAGUCCUUGAUGAGGUCCUCCCUACAGAUGCAGAACUCCAGGAUCAAGUCAACAAAAUACACAUGUCAGUAGCCGCAGAUACAUCAGCUUAAAAUAUAGUUUGUGGUUGUGCUUUUCUGAAAGCACAGCCUUGUUUUUGAAUGAAGACUAAUUUCAGUUUCCCUCCCUUGCACAUGGAUACUUUUUAGGAAGGUGAUGCUGGAUGAUGACAAACGACAGCUGCGCUUGUAUCAAGAAAGAUACCUUGCUGAUGGAGAUUUGCACAGCGAUGGCCCUGGGCGAAUGAGGAAGUUCAGGUGGAAGAACAUAGGUAUAAUGCUGUCUUAUUCUAGAGCAAGCCUGCACAACUGGUGACCCAUGAAGAUGAAUGAGCCAUGCCUGAUACAAGUUGAUAGUCCCUGCUUGUGGUCGCAGGCAGGGAAAAAAACCAAGAAGGCUUAUUGAGACCCUACAUGGCUUGUUGUCUGUGUUCAGCUUAGUGGGUCACAAAUGGUCCUAGAGAAGGAGAGAAACAGACCUUUACUCCCCACCGUCUUUCAGUCUCUAAAAUAUGUGAUUGCUGCUGAUCUGUUUUACAUUUUUGUGUGGCUUUUAUUGUACAGUGGUGCCCCGCAAGACGAAUGCCUCGCAAGACGAAAAACUCGCUAGAUGAAAGGGUUUUUUGUUUUUUGAGCUGCUUCGCAAGAUGAUUUUCCCUAUGGGCUUGCUUCGCAAGACGGAAACAUCUUGCAAGUUUGUUUCCUUUUUCUUAACACCGUUAAUACAGUCGCGACUUGACUUCGAGGAGCAACUCAUAGAACGCGGUGUGGUAGCCUUUUUUGAGGUUUUGGUGAUUUUUGAAGCUUUUCCAAAACUUUCCCAACACCGUGCUUCGCAAGACGAAAAAAACCGCAAGACGACAAAACUCGCGGAACGAAUUAAUUUCGUCUUGCGAGGCACCACUGUAUUAAAAUUGUAAGCUGCUUUGAUACUUUUUUAUGCAAAUAUGCUGUCUGUUCUGCAGGCUACAUUGGUAAACCCAAACUCCAGCAGGAGGGUCUCUUGCUUUCCCCUUCUAUCCCUACCACAACUGUCCAAAUCCUCAUCUCUUUCUCCCCCACCAGGCUCACAAUGCUUUUUCUGCAUUUAACACUUUUACUUCUAAGUAGAGCAUUUCAGGCAGCAGUGGCCAGAACCAAAUCCCUUUCUGUCUCUGUUUUCAGACAAUUCUUUUCAGGAGGAUAUGUUUCACAAUGAUGCAGAGAACGAUGAUGAAAACGAAGACCACCUGGAUGAGACAGAGGCGAAGUGGAGGAAGGAGCGCUUUGAGCGGGAGCAGUGGCUUCGGGAACAGGUAGCUUACCUUCGUGGAUAGGCUUCUUCCUGGACCAUUUCAUUUAGCCUGCUUUUAUGACAGACUGAGAUGAGACCUGAAAUGUCCCCUCCUAUCUGUUCUUGGUUACAAGCCAUAGAUAUUUAGUAUUCUUGGUGGUGCAAACAUUCUAAUGUAAGAAAAUAAUAAUACUGAAGAUAGCAUCUUCCACUGGGCCAGUAUCAGUGGCAGUCUUCUUUAUAAAAUAGGAGGCAAUAUGGAUGAAGAUGUCUGUGGGAGUUUGUAAACUUGAUGGUGAAAAGGUUUUAAAACAGCUUUUAAUGUCAGUUAAUGGAUUGUGAAGUAAGAACUGUGCCAGUAUCUUGCAAGUAAAGCAAAAUAUCAGUAAUAAAUUCUUUUAUGGAUUAUUUCACAUAUGUAUGUUUUUUUAAAAACAUACAUAACUUGUCUUAAGUAUACCUCUAAAAGGCACAAAAAUUGGCAUCCCUUGUCAGAGAGGUAAGAUCGGCUGCAAUUCCCUGAAGAGGGUACAUUCAAUGACAGAUGCAAGUUUGCUGCCACAUAACGGUUGGAACUGGCCUCUUAAGUCCAAAGAGUAUACAGCUAAAUAAUUCUGCCAGCACAAGCAGAACUUCCCCUCCCUCUCCUCUCCCCAUAUGCCCCCUAACUCUACUUGGGAAGGUUGAGGGAAACUCACAACAGAUUUAGGGGGUGCAAGCAGGGAGGGGAAGUUCCAUUGUGCCGUUCCAGAAAUGUUUGCAUUAGUGGAACUGUUUUGUUGGGCUCCUCCCAAAGUGGUUUGGUUUUUUUUUUAAGCGAAAGCACAUGACUAGUAAAAGUGUCAUUCAUUAAAGAAACUGCACCUUUUUUCAGUUACUUUUUGUUCCAUGCUUAUAAUGAUGUGGUCUAAUGAAAAUUCUGCUUAUUUACAGUCGGAGAAAGGGGAAGAGGAGGAUAUCGAUGAAAACAGCCAGUUCAUGAAACUGGCCAAAAAAGUCACUGUCAAGUCCCUACAAAAGAAAGGUACACCUGUUUCUUACUGAAGUGCUAUGAAUGCUAGCAGAACCUUAGCAGAAUGGGGAUGGGUGGGCACCAAAAUUCCACACCAAGGCUGCAGGUUGAUUGAAAAAAUACUUUUGCACCCUAGUGAGACUUUGAUAUCAUUUUAAAUAUUGGUAAGCUAUAAAACAGCUCACAAAAAUAAAACUUCUGAAAUGCCAGAUCAGUCUUAAAAAUAAUGAAAGAGAGGCAGCAGCUAAUAUGAUGCAAAAAACCCCUCAAAAAACUGCAGUCACAGUAGAUCAGCGUUAGCCAUCAAAAGUCUUGCAUCGAAGACCUGGGCCUUGGAUUUAUGUUAAUGCCAGGUGCCUCCUUUCUUUAAUUUUCUGGAAAGAGCUUUCCAUAAGUCAGAACACCACGACUGAGAAGGCCACCACAGGGUUGAUUUUCAGGUUCUUUGAAUGGUCCCAGCUGUGGCCAUACUUCCAAGUGGCUUGUUCCUAAAACCUUGCUGCCUUUGUACAGAGCAAGUGGCAUUGGGAGGGGAAUUGGCAGAUAUGUAUUAUUAUACGCUACAGUUCUUAGCCUUUCUCUUGCAAAGUUUCAAAACUUUAUCUGUUUUUUGCUUUUCUAGCAACUCCCUCAAUAGCUGUACAGGAAACUAAAUCACUACCCAGAAAUCCAUUUGAAACUUUCCGGUCUGCCAGUGAUCCACAGGUCAGUACUUUAGUAGUUUUGAGAACGGAUUAUUUCUUUUGAGAAUAGAUUAUUUCUUCCCUUCAUCAUUUCUCAUAUUGCAUCUAGACAGCUUUCUUUAAAAUUGAAGGUGGGCCUCAUUUUUGAGAUAGGAGUACCAAAUUGCACAUCGCUUCUCUUUGAACAGUGCAUUAUUUUAUUUUAGUAAGCUAAACAAUGGAGAUCAAGUGGAUUGCUAGUUCCGAUUUACUUUUCCUGUGAGAAAGAACAACUUGACUAGCAGUUCUUCUGAAGGCUUAAAUUGUGUUCAGUGUACGACUCAGGUCAUGUUACUUGAAUGUUAUGCCUCUGGAUCCACCCCUCCUCCUUUUUGCAGCUGAAGAAUGGAUCACUGCUGAACAGGCCCAAAGCAGUCCUGCAGAAACUGGCAGCCAUGUCAGAUCUCAACCCAAAUGCCCCCAGGAACUCAAGAAAUUUCGUCUUCCAGACACUCUCCCCAGUCAAGAGCGAGGAGACGAAGGAGAAGUCCAAGCCCCAGGUAGAUAUCUCUUGUUUUAAAUUGAAUGGAAUCAUUUACUUAGUCUGCUUUUAAUUUUUUUGUUCCUUGAACUGGGUAUGCCUCAGCAGGAAUGGUCUGAGGGAGAAUUUGCACUCUUGGCUGGCAAGGAAUUUGAGACACGAUUAUGAUAUGGAUCCAAAGCACAGCUUUCUCAUUCAUAUUGUAGGCAGAACGGCAUUAUGUGGCAUUCAUUCAUUAUACCCCACCUUCCAGAAUAUGAUCCUUCCAAAGUAGCUUACAAAAAACAUUAAACAUCAGGGAAAACAACAGCAUCCUUCCUAUGGGGCAGCUGGUGUUAAACUGGUGCUGGGGGUGGGGCAGGAGAAAGUCCAACUGCAGCAGGCAUUGGGGUGGUCUUUGCCUGCCUCCCAGUCUCCUAGAAUCCUGUUUACAGGGCAUCCAGUGGAACAUCCUGGGGAUGGAUUCUUGGGCUAUUAGAUGAGCACAUACCUUUGUAAGUAUUACUUUGCACAAUCAGUAAUCCAGUACUUGCAUUAAAGGAUCUUGUAUAUUAGGGCUAGAGUUGCUGUCAAAUGGCAAUAUAAGAAGACAAAUGGCAAUAUAAUGAAGGGAAUGCGUACGGAAGAAUAACUAUGGAUGAUUACCAGAGCAGCUGAAGGAAGUCCAAAAAAGACUUAAUUUGUCAAAAAAUUGGAUAAAAUUGUAUAAUUUUGUUGGAAAACUAAUAAAAAUCUAUUAAAAAAAAAAAAGAGUUGCUGUCAGUCAGGUUUGAUGAACCUGGGCUAGGGUGGCCAAAAAGCUGCCCUCGUUUAUAUAUCUUUGUGCUCUUUAGCAUGCCAAUGACAACCCUGUUUGAGAUUCACAACCUCUACUUUAGGACAGGAUAGUUAAUCCAUCCUUAGAGGCUCCCUAGGAGUUCAGAACCCCUCCUUCCCACAACAAUAUUUCAUUCCUUCCUAAGUUUGUCAGCCUCCUUGAAGAGUGCUUUAGUAGGGACUCAUUAGCACUGCUUGAAGGUAAGGAAGAGUAGUUUAUGUUCAGGAGUGCAAAUGAUAGGAGGAAGCUGGAGAAGGAACAGAAAUGGACAGCAUUAUCCAUAUGAAGAAAGAUUUAAGAAGUCGGGUGUUUACAGCCAAGAGUGGAAAAUGUGUCUGUGUUUUGGGGUAUGUGUGACAGAAGCUUAAUGAUAACUGACUGAUAUGGGGGGCAAAGGGGCAGAAACCUUGAUUGUAAUCUUCCCAUUACAUCUGGCAGAUCAUUGCUCUGCUAGAUUACCUUUUGGUCGAUCCAGCAAGGCAAUUCUUACAUUUUGCUAUCUUGAGUGGUUUCCUGGCUGUCAGCAGCUACCUUGCCCUUCUUAAAUGUGACAAAGAGACUGUGUGUGUGUGUUGUCUGCUUGGGCCCUGACCCAGCCAAGUUGCCCAGGACAGGAAUGUCACAUGGCCCUCUUAGCAGAAAAGACCAGCUGCCAUCCUAUGGUCCAUAAUCAAAAUACUGCUGAGUUAUUAUAUAAUUCAGACUUGAAAACAGCCACUCGCUCAGUUGCCUGUGGCAAAUAAGAAUGUCCAGGGGACAAAAGCAGGGACCCUCCUUCUCACAGAGUGCAGUGUUCUUUUUGCAGGGUCAACGUAUAUCUGAGCCAAUUAAGUUAAUUAAAAAAUUCUCGUGCUCAAGAGAUUUUGUGGUCUCAUGGUUCUUGUCACCUUCUAGGUCAAGAAGAGAGCUCCUGUCGCCAUUGCAACACCUUCUCCCAAACGGCUACGGCUCGAUGGCACUUCAGCUCAAGAAACCCGGAGUAUAUUUCAGUACUUGGAGCGAUAAAAGACGUGGGUGGAGAGCACCGAUGCUGCUUGGUCUUGGUCCAGCUGUUGCACAGACUUCUCAAGGGAAAGAACUGAUGCAACUCUCUCUAGAGUGGAACCCUUUUGAUAAUGAGAUGCCUGGAAUGUCACUUGGCCUGCAUCCCUGGGUGCACAAAUAAGAGAGCAGGUGAAAGGGUAUGUUCUACCUGUUGGAUGCAGCUGCAGCUUGAGUACCAGUCAAACCUGCACUUCUCUACAUUGGUCUUAUCUUCAACUUGCACAAUCUGCAUUGCACUCCCAAGAAGAGUUCUGGUCCAGGCAUUUGAGGUCUGUGUUUUCACGCUUUAAAAAAAUGAUUACGGAGGCUGAAUAUCUUCCCCACCUGUCUUUCGCUAGUUGUUGAGGGCUCCCUAACAUUAUAUAUAUCUGAAAGUUCUAGGGCAUUUUUAAAUCAAGGUUUUAACUUUUUUAAAGGCAAUUUUGGUUCCUUUUUCUGUCCCCCACACCUCAUUCUCAUGUUCAAUUGUUGCCCCUCCUUUUUAAACAGAACAUGUGAAAUUGUGUUGAGGAAGAAAACUGAGGCAUGGAAAGUCGUCUUCUGUCCAUUGUGCAUCCUUCUCAGUUCUCCAUACCUUUAUUUGAACACUUUAAAGCUUUCAACAUGAAAAAUAGAAGGGGGAGGGGAGGGGUUUUUUUAACAGUUACAUUCAGUUUUUGAGGAUGGAUUUGAAAUUUGAAAGGUGAAUGGAAAUAAACAACAUAUUUAUGGCUAUAUUUAGAAAGUGCUGCAAUGAAGACUUCUUACAACAGCCUCUUGCCUGCAUCUAAACAUCCUCAAACUUUGUACCUCCAUGAUCUCAGAGGAGUCAUUCUGAAUUGUAAAUCUAUUCUGCCGGGGGGUGGGGGUGGGGGCGGAGAGAAAGUAUAGUGUUAAAAAUGGAUGUGUACAGAUGAUGAAAGAUGUGAGGCUGUGCAAGCAGAUUUUCAAAAUAAACCAGUGCUUUUUAAAUCU